CGACACACAGCUGUUAAGACUGGGAAAUCUGAUUAUGGAACGAUGCGUGAGAAGCGAGAGACGUGACAAUGGAGCACAGCCGGCGGCAAACCCGAGGGGAACGAAGAGAUUCUUAGGAAACUCCUCCCCAAGCACAAAACCCACUGUACUAAGCUUUUUGUAAGUUAUUUCAGCCCAGAAUGGCUGUGGAAUCCAGAGCAAUUUCAACUUUAAAACCUCAGGAACAUCAAGAAGAAUUAAUACUAGUCAAAAUAGAAGAUAGUAGCUUCUCCUGGAGUCAGAAAUGUAAACAGAAUGGGAGUGCCCAAUCUUGCCAAGAACUGUUUCGCCAGCAAUUCAGGAAGUUUUGCUAUCAUGAAACUCCUGGGCCCCGAGAGGCUCUGGGACGACUCCAGGAACUCUGCCAUCAGUGGCUAAUGCCAGAGUUGCACACGAAGGAGCAGAUCCUGGAACUGCUAGUGCUGGAGCAGUUCCUGAGCAUCCUACCUGAGGAGCUGAAGAUAUGGGUUCAACAACACGGUCCAAAGAGUGGGGAAGAGGCUGUGACUCUGCUGGAGGAUUUGGAGAAAGAGUUUGAUGAUCCAGGGCAGCAGGUCCCAGAUACUCUACAAGGACCAUCAGUGUCAUGGAAAGAUUUGACGUAUCUCAAAACAUCCCAAGAUUCAACAAGCAUCCAAGUCCGGCCUUUGAAGACACAGCUGAAAUCCUGGAAUCCUUGUCUUUCCUCUAAAAGUGAUUCUAAGAAUAAUGAAACAGCAAAAGAGGACAUUUCAGAAGAGAAAGCACCAGAACUCUCUUGGGAUCCUUCAUUUAGAGGUGUCAGGGAGCACAAAAGCAAUUUAGAAUGGCAGCAAAGAAGUUCCCCUCUCCACAGGGGCAGUUUUAGUCAAGUGAUUUUCACACACAAAUCCUUAGCAAAGAGAGACCAUGAUGAUGAACCUGAAAGAUGCUUGAUUCUAAGUACAAACUCUGUAACAUGUCAGAAAGUUUCUACAGAUGACAGGCCUUACAGAUGUGAUGUAUGUGGGCAUAGAUUUAAACAACAUUUCUCUCUAACACAACAUCAGAGAAUACAUACUGGAGAAAAGCCCUAUAAAUGUAAUCAGUGUGGGAAGGCCUUUAGUUUGAGGUCAUAUCUUAUUAUUCAUCAGAAAAUCCAUAGUGGUGAAAAAGCCUAUGAAUGCAAUGAAUGUGGAAAAGCCUUCAAUCAGAGCUCAGCUCUCACUAGACACCGGAAAAUUCAUACAGGUGAGAAAGCUUGUAAAUGUAAUGAGUGUGGAAAAGCAUUCAGUCAAAGUUCUUACUUAAUUAUACAUCAGAGAAUUCACACUGGUGAGAAACCCUACGGGUGUAAUGAAUGUGGGAAAACCUUUAGCCAGAGCUCAAAGCUUAUUAGACAUCAGCGAAUUCAUACAGGAGAGAGACCGUAUGAAUGUAAUGAAUGUGGAAAAGCUUUCAAACAGAGCUCAGAGCUGAUUACCCAUCAGAGGAUACAUAGUGGAGAGAAACCUUAUGAAUGUAAUGAGUGUGGAAAAGCCUUCAGUCUGAAUUCAAACCUCAUAAGACAUCAGAGAAUCCACAGUGGAGAGGAGCCUUAUCAGUGUAAUGACUGUGGCAAAACCUUCAAAAGGAGCUCAGCACUUGUUCAACACCACAGAAUCCACUCUGGGGAUGAAGCAUAUAUAUGUAAUGAAUGUGGGAAGGCUUUUAGGCACCGGUCAGUGUUGAUGCGCCAUCAGAGAGUCCACACUUAAGUAACAAUGACUCAUGAAUACAUCCAUAUAUUUAUCUCUAUCAGUCAAAAGGUUGACUUUGGAGCAAGAUUCCAUAAAGAUUCCAACAAGUCUUUAGUCAAUCUAACUUGCUUUGUGCAGCACUUCCCAAAUGCUAAUGAAAUUUUCUUUGAAAUUUCCUGUGACUUACUGGAAAAAGAUGUAAGACCAUUACUUUGAGCUUUGCUCUUAACAUUAGGAAUACUCAGGAAAACAAAAAGAAGUAAUGCAAUAUUGAGACCGUCAUUCUGCCACUACAUCUGAUUGUCAGUGUACCAGGUUUGUGAGGCAGUAUAGUUGGCUUUAAGAGACUGCUUGAGGAACUCAGAUUUUACUCAACAGUCAACAAGACAAGUGAGAAAACAGUUUGAUUGAUGAUUUGUUGAUCCGAAGACAAGCCAAAAUGAAAUGAGCUUGAAAAGUAAAAGAUACAAGUGAAGAGUCCCAUCUGUUCCCACUGCCAUGCUGGAACUAAUUUAGGGCUUCACAUGCUAGGCAAGUGGGCAGUCCUGUUAGUAAUAUUUGUUUUGUGUCAGGAACUAAAAAUAUAAAGGGGAAGGGAUGAUUUCUACAGUCUAAUAAGGACAGUGUCAGUUUAUUAUGACGUUUAGGAGUGCUGCUUAUGUAUUGUUCCCAUUUCCUUGUCCAAGAACUUGGAGAAAGGAAACUGAAAUGAUAUGGAGAUUAAGGAGUUAACCAGGAAGGAAAGCCAGGUAACAAGAAAGGAAGAGAUCUUUUUGUUUAAUGGCAGAACAAAACAUGGAACGUUGCCUACUGAGUUCAGAAUUGGCAUCAUGUCUUUGAGAAGUAUGACUGCAGGCAGACUCUCAAGCACUGCACAUGAGCCUAUGAAGAUAAAGACCUCAAGUCCUUAGUCACAGCACCAUAAGGAGUUUUGUCUUGGUCAGUGUGGCCUAAUGGAGAAGGCUAAUAAGUGGUUUCCUGGCCCAAACUGAGACAACAGAGUUCUUUAGAAUAUUGGAGUUGAUGUGUUAGAAGAUGUCAUGGCAACUGUAUCUAAAACUGCUUCAUCAUUUCUCCAUCUUAGCAUGACUGCCUGCACUCAGGUGCUCAAAAAUUGUCAGUUUCUGGGUCUUUGGCUUUUUCUCCUGAUAUCUCACACAUGUCUUAUGUUAGCAAUAUUUAGCAGUAUCGUGAAAAAAUGUAAGCACCAUGCUAGAGAAGGGACAACAAAAGUGGUAAUUACUGUUAGUCAGGAAUCCAUCAGAAGAGUACCGUAAAGCUAGUGCACAGUGCAAGGGAGAAGUUGAUGGACUCAAGCCUCCUUAUCCUUGUACUCUGUCUGGACAGUUGAGACAAAGGUUGAUGCAUUCCUGGCCAAUUUAAGCUACAUAAUAGGACCUAGGACCCCAUCUCAAAAUACUGGGAAUAGUUUGGAGAAAUAACAUACCAAACUCAAAUCUAUGUAGAAACAGAAAAAUAAUUUUUAUGAGGAUACAAAAGUAAUAUUGUCUUGGACAUUUAUAGGUGAGUAUGUACUGACCAAUAAAAAUAAUGAGCCAAAUGCCUAAUGUAGAUGUUAAGUAGAAUAAUGUUUACAAAAGGGAAAUACUCUGGAGCCCUUAGAUCAGAAGAAAAUAUAACAGGUGUUUGCCAAGGGCUUUGUGUGUGUGUUAGUCAUUAGUACAAAUCAUUUUGUACAUAGGAAAUAGACACCAGUAGCUACAAGGUCAGAAUUUGGAAUCAGAACCCUAUUCAGGGAACAUGUUACACUAUCCAUGAAAAAGACUCAUAACAUUUAAACAGAUCACAAAAGUGCCAGUGAUUUGUAUAUGUCCAGUCUUACAACUUACAAUCAUUGGAGUAAGAAUGAAAGUUAUACUUGUUUUUCAUAUAAAAUUAACAAGGAUUCAAGUAUAUCAGGACUCUCUUGCUGAUGGGUGUGAAUACAUCUCUGGCAAUCAAUACCAGAAGCCUUAAGCACUGCCUUUGACUUUGACUACCCAGAAAUAUACUUAAAUCAUGAAUAUGUAGUCUUACAAGCUGUUAAAAUGUGUUAAAGAGUCGUAAUAUAUUAAAUAUACAAUCUAUACAACAUGAUACCAUGUAAAACAUGUGCAUUAAAAUAAUAGAAAUAUGGGGGAAGGGGGAUGGAGAGGGCUGAGUGGUUAGAGCACUGUUUGUUCUUCCAGAGGUCCCGAAUUCAAUUUCCCAGCAACCACAUGGUGGCUCACAACUAUCUGUAAUGAGAUGCCCUCUUCUGGUGUGUCUGAAGACGGUGACAGUGUACUCACAUAAAAUAAAUAAAUCUUUUUUAAAAAUAGAAA